GCAAAGGUCUUCAGAACGCGCCCUUAAGUGCCAUCAGCGCGUCCUUCGGAAUGCGCCUCAACCGGCGGUGAUUGGUCCGCGGCCGCGCCGCCAUUAUGUCCUUCCAUCGCGCCUACGUGACUAGUCGGACGCGAACACUCUCGACGAAAGUACCGUUUUUACCGACGCGUGUGCGCAGAUAUAAAGUGUUGUUUUCUUAAAGUUGAUUGUAAAAUACCUUUAUUAAAUUUGUCAAACUAACUUUCGUUUUACUCCAAAAUACCCGAAAACCCAUGAACAUUAAAAAUGGCGCCCAACUAGAGGCUUUGGAGUAAACUUUUACGUGAACUUUUUGUGAAACUUCGUGAAAAGUUAUUAUCGUAAAAAAAAAAAAGUAUGACAAAAUCGCGCACACGUCGUCAGUCUCGUCGACAAUCUGAGUUUUUCGACCCGGCGGAAGACGGUUCUUCCCCGCCGCCGACUACAACGGGAAAUAUGUCUGUCAACGACAUGGCCGCCAUGAUGUCCACGUGGCAACGCAACCAAGAGGAAACGUUUGAGAGACUACUGCACACAGUUCUCAACCACUCGCAGCGGCCAUCGUCCCCGCCCGCUCAACCUGCACAUGGAAACUUCGCCUCGUGCAAGGCUCGCUAUAGCGGAGCGCCAGACGAAUCUCUCGACGGUUUUAUAGAUGCCGUAGAAGCCUACAAAGAAUGUGCAAAUGUAAACGAAACUAAUGCACUACGUGGGUUGUCAAUGUUGUUAACUCAUGAAGCCGCGACAUGGUGGCAAGGGGUUAAAACCACCACGAACAAGUGGGACCACGCCCUCACAUCCCUCAGAGGUGCGUUUGGUGAUAGCCGACCUCCGCAUCGUAUAUACAAGGAGCUAUUCGCCAACCCACAACAAGCAAAUGAGAAAACGGAACUCUUUAUCGCAAAAACACGAGCGUUAUUAUCACGUCUACCAAAGGACGAUCUGACAACCAAAGUCCAGAUGGACAUGGUGUACGGACUACUACAUAGUAAAAUACGAGAGCGUUUGAGAAGAGAGGAGAUUGAUACAUUCGACACGCUACUCAGAAAGUCUAGAGAGAUAGAAGAAUCUUGCGACGAGAGUCUAUCAACCACUGGCCUUCAGAACAAGCUGCGACAACGCCAGUUCCCGCCAACUUCUCGUCACGCCGCAAGCGUCGCCGCCGCCCAGGGGUCAACGACCGCGCCACCACUAGCACCGCAGAGCGCGCCCAAGCCGCCUGCGCCCGCCGCUGAGUCCAGCGCCCACGGCACCUACCGCCGUCCUCCUCGCAACUCCGUGGUGCCGCACACACCGUCGUCUCUACAACCCCACGGCUCUUCUACGCCGUUCGCGAACGCCAAACGUCGAUAUUGCUUCUAUUGCAAGAGUUAUGGACAUACACGUGAUGAGUGUCGUAGGUUAGCAGCUAAAGGCAAACAGGACAUUGAUAAUGCCGCCGACCCUAUCCCGUCAUGUUACGGAUGCAACGAGAGAGGUGUCACUCGAUCACAGUGUGCUAAAUGCAAUUCGGACUUCUCUGCGUGUGAAUACGACCGUCCGAAAGGCGCGCUGAUGGGAACUUACAGUACAAGGUAUUCCACCACUGUUAUCAAAUCAUCUUGUGAUAAGGAUGAGUCCCAGGUGAGUUCCACUUCAUCUUAUAACAGUGUGUCACAUAAAGGUUUCCCCUCAAGCAUGUUACCACCCCCCAAGUCCAACUUUGAUUCAGUGAACCAUAAACCGUCAUUGGUAAAUAAUAUUGCAUGGGAAUGCUCUGAAAAUUUUUUGCCUACUCAAUUUAAAUCAGCUUUACCUGAAUUGUUUCAUACUAAAAAUAAUGACACAGAGUUUUUACCUAAACAGUUUACAUCUGUGUUACCCGAGUUAUUUUAUGCUAACAUUGAUCACAUAGAGUUUUUGCCUAUUGAUUUUACUGCAUUCUUGCCAUAUCAAUACUUUCUUUGUGAUAAUGGGUUGACCAUGCAGGACGAUUUUAAUAAUAAUCAAAAAUUAUUUCCUAAAGUUGAGUCACAAUUUUUAUUAAAUAGAGCGACCACAUGUUCGAACAUUUCUCUGUCGACUCUUGAGUCAACUAAUUCAAAUGCUCAUCCACAAGUGUCAGACACUUGUCAAUCCCAACGGAGACCGAUUCUAGGAGUGGAAAUUCUAGGUGUAAGGGGUACCGCACUAUUGGAUACAGGUGCUAAAGGGUGUAUUGCGGGUGCUUCCUUAUAUCAGGUGUUGCUUAAGCAUAAUCAUGCCUGUCAAGAAACCACUAAACGCGUUCGUCUCGCUGAUGGCUCCGUGCAGAUUCGUGAGUUAUUGGUUACUAACCUGCAUGUUAAACUAAAAAGUAAACUAUUGUGUUUGGAGUUCAUUAUUUUCCCACACACCGAAUCCAAUGAUACUAUUCUUGGUAUGGAUUUUAUUGCUUCAGCGGGUAUGGUGCUUGAUUUCGCUGCUUCAAUUUGGUAUUUCUCUGGUGAUGAGGUUACUUACCCAUUGGAAUAUGAACUUUCCAGACCAUGCGUGUCCGUAUCCUCUGCAGAUUUCCUACGUGAGGAGGAAGGAGUUAUGCUGCAUCCCGAAGAGAGACUGCUGUUGUCCGACUUCCUGAAACAGAACAAAGACCUGUUCGAACCAGGGGGAGGACCAACUCCGUACGCAGAGCAUCACAUCGACACCGGCGAUAACGCUCCUAUAGCCGUUCCACCAUAUAGGCUCACUCCAGCAAAAAAAGAGAUAAUGAAGGCAGAGUUGGAGAAAAUGUUAGCAGACGACGUGAUUGAAGAGUGUGAGUCUGCGUGGUCUGCGCCUGCUCUUCUUGUCCCGAAGAAGGACGGAUCUUUUAGAUUUUGCGUCGACUACCGUCGCCUCAAUGCGAUCACCAAGACCGAUAGUUAUCCAAUUCCCUUAAUCGAUGAUUUGGAUGACAUCCUGGUGAUCACACAGGGAAGUUUUCAGGACCAUCUUCAGGAUCUUGACAAGGUUUUUGACAGACUGCGUCACUUUGGGCUCCACGCGAACCGCGCCAAAUGUCACUUCGCUCGCCAGGAAGUUACAUACCUAGGCCAUGUGAUCACACCCAAAGGAAUCAAGCCGGAUAGCACCAAAGUCGACGCCGUCCUGAAAAUGAAGGAACCACACAAUCUCAAACAUUUGAAAUCAUUUUUACAGACCUGUUCCUGGUUUAGGAAAUUUAUUCCUGAUUUCUCGCGUAUUGCCGAACCACUGUCAAAACUUACACGCAAAAACGAAGCGUGGACCUGGGGUGAAGCACAGCAACGCGCCUUUGACGUGCUAAAGAGUAAGCUUACUAGCGCUCCUAUUUUGAUACAGGCCGACUACACCCAGCCCUUCUUGUUGCGCACUGAUGCCAGCAAUUAUGCUCUAGGGGCUGCACUUUUACAAGGUGACAAUAACAAUGAAAAACCAAUCGAAUACGCAAGUAGACUUCUGACUUCAGCCGAGAGGAAUUACUCUACCACCGAGCGGGAAGCCCUCGCAGUCGUAUGGGCAGUAGAAAAGUUUAGGGGUUACAUUGAUGGCCAUCUAUGCAUAGUCAAAAGUGACCAUCAGCCACUUAAGUGGUUGCUUACACUCAAGUCCCCAAGUGGUCGUCUCAUCAGAUGGGCCCUGAAACUCCAGGCGUUUGAUCUCAAGAUAGAGUACUCUCCAGGUAAAGUUAAUACCUUAGCUGAUACUUUAAGUCGACCUACCUGUAAUGGUAUCAACGAAUGCGAAGUGUGUUCCGUAAUCGUCGACUUACCUCAAGCACUGCCGAGUCAGCUCCGAGCCGAGCAGCUUGAAGAUCCAGAAGUGGCUAAAAUUAUUCAAGAUUUAGAAAGCACAGACGAACUUACCUCUACUCGGUGGCUGGAACGUGGUUACGUACUGCAGCAGGGCGUGUUAUAUCGUUAUGAUCCAGAUAACGACUCCGAAGAAGCGCAGAUGGUAGUGCCAAUUUCAAAAAGGGAAGAAAUUUUAAAGUCGUUUCACGAUUCUCCAACUGCAGGCCACCAGGGUAUUGAGCGGACUCUGCAACGCAUCCGUGAGCACUUCUUUUUCACCGGGAUGCGUCGUUACGUCACAGAGUAUCUAAAAAACUGUGUGGACUGUCUCAAGUAUAAAGCCGCAAAUCAGAAACCAGCUGGUCUCCUCCAGACACCCGUGCUCCAACAAAGAUCUGAAGUCCUUGCAGUGGAUCUUUUCGGUCCCCUGCCUGAAGGAGAUCAAGGACAACGUUGGGUCCUUCUUGUUGAAGACGUAGCUACCAGGUGGGUGGAACUGUUCUCGCUUGUGGAGGCCACAGCGGAAAAUUGCGCCAAACUUCUCAUAGAAGAAUACUUUCUCAGAUAUGGAUUGCCACGUCGAGUUGUGUCCGAUAACGGCACUCAGUUCAUAUCCUCAGUAAUGCAGCUGUCGAUGUUUAUUUUAGGUGUUAAACAAGAGCUCAUUCCAGUUUACCACCCUGAAGCUAAUCCCGCCGAGCGCAAAAAUCGGGAUCUCAAAGUACAAUUGUCUUUGUUAGUAAAAAACGAACACCGUAACUGGCCUAAAUAUCUUGCCCAUGUUCGGUUCGCUAUGAACAGCGCCGUCUGUUCCACCACUGGGAAAACCCCAGCCUUUUUAACGUUCGCUCGCGAACUUCGCACACCUUUUGAGAUGCACCAUGAUUUACGUGCAAUCUUAGAUAAGGAAAACUUUGUUCCUUCGGCUACUCCAUAUUUGCGUUCCUUCGUACGUGCCUUACAGGAUAUUCGAGAUCGUGUUGAGAAAAAGCAAGAUCAGCGUAAGGAGAUAGGUGAUACUGCACGGCGUUCUGUACCUUCUUAUAAACAGAAUGAUUUGGUCUUGGUCAAAACACACGUACUGAGCAAUGCCUCGAAAGGAAAAACUCGCAAAUUCAUGCCUAAACGAGAUGGCCCAUAUCGCGUUAAACGAGUUGUAACUCCCACUACUUUUAUACUCUCGAAUUUGACUGACGACGACACUGUCAUAGAGAUGCAUAGAAAAUCUCUAGAGGAACCUGAAGCGUUUUGGUCUGAAAUAGCUAAAGAUUUUUAUUGGCAAACCCCACCUCAGCCGGGGAAAUACGUAUCGUACAAUUUCGAUGUAACCAAAGGCGAUAUCUUCGUGAAAUGGAUGGACGGCGCAGUCACCAACGUCUGCUUCAAUCUUCUGGAUAGAAAUGUGAGGAACGGCUAUGGCGAUAAAAUUGCAUAUUAUUGGGAGGGCAACUGUCCCGAAGACUACAGCCGCGUGACAUACAAAAAACUAAUGGAUCUCGUCCGUCAGUUUGCGAAUGCUCUUCGUGAUAUCGGUGUGUCCAAAGGUGAUAGAGUUUCCAUCUAUAUGCCAAUGAUCUUGGAGACGGUCGUCUGUAUGCUCGCCUGUGCUAGGAUUGGUGCCAUACACUCUGUCGUGGGCCAAGAAGGGGUGCUGUACACUCAUCCGAAUUGA